GCGAGUAGAGUGAGUAGGAUGAAGUAGCUCCGCCACCCCAAUAUCAAUGGCCGAUGUGGGACCAUUGUUGCCGAUGUCAUCGCCCUCAUUUGCCUCUUAUCACUCUUCCUUCCUAGCCCUCUCUGCCACGGCCGAGAGAGAGAGAGAAGACGUCUAGAGUUAUCUCCUCCUUUCCUUCGACAUCUCUCCUCUCUUCCCCCAAAACCCUAAUGUUUAUGGAACCUGUAGCUGAACAUUGAAAAGCAUCGUCUUUGAUCUCUGUCUCCGCAAAUUCCAGCUCUUCCAUCGAUUUCCCAUUGAAAGCUUCAUCUGAGUUUUUCAUUUCUUAUAGCUUUUCUCAACUGGGUACCCACCAUAAGAAGAUUUUAUCUUUCACCUCGGCCCUUUUGCUCCUGCUUCCUCCCAAAACCCUAAUUUCACAAGAUCCGCGUCGAAGCCCCGUGCUUUGCAUCUAUUUUCGCUCGAUUCCUGGUUACUUGUUCAGAAAUUCCUGCUUAAUUUGCAGAAUUGGUGGAUUAAUUCAUCUGGGCACCUCUCAUUUUCUCGAAAUAAGCACAACAGAAGGCGGAGACUUCUGAUCUUGUGCGAUUUAAGGAAUAAGGAGAGAGAACAACCAUUGCCAUCAAUGGACGACGAUGGAUCUGCUCACAGGUCACCGUUUGGUAACUUAACGACCGAAGAGGUCACGAGCAAGAUCGUUCUUACAGCUAUCAUUGUCCUGUUCAUGGCGGUUCUAUUCGUCCUUCUUCUCCACCUCUACGCCAAGCUUUACUGGUGGCGCGUGGACCAACAACAACAGCAGCAGCAGCAGCAGCAGCAGCAACAGCAACAGCAGCAGUCACCGGCUCCGCCAUUGGUCACGCGUCGCCAACGCCGCCGUUUCAUCCGUCGACAACGCCGCCGUUUCAUCUUCGUCCCGGGCCAAGACACCCUGCGAAACACCGGUCUCGGCCCAUCUGAACUCAGUUUACUACCCAUUGUUGAUUUCAGACAAGAAAGCUUCAAAGACGGUCUAGAAUGCGCGGUUUGCUUGUCUGAGCUCGUUAAUGGCGACAAAACAAGGCUGCUUCCAAAGUGCAGCCACAGCUUUCAUGUCGAUUGUAUUGACAUGUGGUUCCAGUCUCACUCAACUUGUCCGAUUUGCAGAAACUCGGUUCUUGGACCUGAGCACAGUUCCAAGCGAAUUGAACCGGUUUCAGACAAUGCAGCUGUUGCUAGUACCAAUAAUCACCAUGAUUCUCAGUCUCAAAAUCCAAGCUCUGCUCUAAAUCCUUCUCCAGAAUCUCCAAAUUUCCCCACCAAUAUAUUGGUAUGGGGCAGUCUAGAUCAGGUUAGCACCGGCAACAACAAUGCUGCCCCUCUUGAAGAUGGCAUUGGCAACUUUGCUUCUCGAGCUCAAGAAGCUGUUGUUGUGGAGAUUAAUGAUCCCCCAACAAGUGCAAACAUAACCCAAAAUAUGCCGUCCUCGUCCUCAUCAUCCUCUACGAGAUUUUGUGUUGAGGAGGAAGAAUCGAAAUCUGCCAUGACAACAAGGCUGAGGUCUCUAAAGAGGUUUUUGAGCAGAGACAAAAGGGUGGUUUGUAACAGUGGGAGUAGCUCUAGUACUGCUGCAUCUGCAUCUGAUGGUUGAAGAUUUGUAAUUAGAUAAAGCUGGUUAAGAGACUUGCCUGAAGAUUGUCAAAUUCUUCUGUUGUCUCGGUUCGGUUCUUACUCGGGUUAUGUUUGAAAGCUUUCGUCUUGGCUUUAAGUAUCGUAUAUGUACCCAAGAGAAAGAAAUUCAAGGCCUUCUUUUCACAUUGGAUUAUGCCUA